GUAGGAGAAAAGGGGAGGUCCAACAUAAUUACCCAAUGAACCAGAGAGAGAGAGUUGGUGAAAAGAGAGAGAGAGGGACAGGGUGUUACAGAAAGAGGGACUAAGAGGGUGAAAAGCAGAAAGAUAGACGACACACAGAGGACAUUUUUGUGAGACGUCUUCUCAGCAGCAUUGUGUGGCAACUGAAGGAGUAUUUGCACACUUGUUGGGCUCUCACUCACACACCUGGAGAAACUCUGACGCAAAAUACAGGUGUAGCUGUUUCGCACGUAGACACACGCACGGACACACAACCCAUCUCUUAGGAUGUCUAUGCUAUGGGGCUUUAUUACGGACUUCUUCACCUACGAGACAACCAAGUCUGUGGUGGUGAAGAGCUGGUCUGUUGGAAUCAUCAACCGUGUCGUACAACUGCUCAUCAUCAUCUACUUCGUUUGUUGGGUCUUUUUACACGAAAAGGCAUACCAGGUGAAAGACUCUGGCAUCGAGUCUUCUGUCAUGACUAAGGUGAAGGGCUUCGGUUACCAUAACAACCGUGUGAUGGACGUGGCGGACUAUGUCGCCCCUACGCAGGGUGCUGCAGUGUUCUGCAUCAUCACCAAGCUCAUCGUCACGGAGCAACAGUUCCAAGGCUUAUGCCCUGAGAGUGAAGUGAAGUAUGAGUGUGAAACAGAUGAAGACUGUGACAAGCAUUUAGGGAGCUUCCUUGGAAACGGAAUAAUAACUGGUGCCUGUGUGAACUCCUCUGAAGGAGGCCGCUGUGAGAUGGAGGGUUGGUGCCCUGCUGAGAAUGACAAAGUCAUAAUGCAACCAAUGAUGGAGGUGGAAAACUUCACCAUCUUCAUCAAGAACAGUAUCCGCUUCCCUAUGUUCAACGUCACCAGAGGGAACUUCCCGUCAUCGCUGAAUACAACUUAUAUCAGGAGCUGUACAUAUGACCCGGAGCACAACCGCCACUGUCCCAUCUUUAAGGUGGGAGAUGUGCUGCGCUAUACUGGACAGAACUUCUCCACCAUCGCUCAGACAGGUGGAGAGAUCGGGAUCAAUAUUGAAUGGGAGUGUAAUCUGGAUGAGUCAGAAGAAAGAUGUGAACCACAUUACUCCUUUACGCGACUUGAUGCUGUGUUUCAGAAGAACGCCAUCUCUCAGGGAUACAACUUCAGAUUUGCCAAAUAUUACAAAACGGAGAACGGGAUGGAGAAUCGGACGGACUUCCGCACUCUCCACAAGGCCUACGCUAUCCGCUUUGACAUCCUGGUCACUGGGCUUGCAGGGAAGUUCAACACAGUUCCUACUCUGAUCAACCUAGUGGCAGCCUUUACCUCUGUGGGACUGGGUACGGUCCUUUGUGAUAUCAUCCUCCUGAACUUCCUGAAGGGGGCGGACCAAUACAAGGCCAAGAAAUUUGAAGAGGUUUCUGAGUCACAGAUACAGAUAUUACUCUCCCAAGAAAGUUGCAGCCAGCUGUCAAUCAAACCAGAGGAGAAGAUUUCAGAUGACUCGGGAGCUGCCUCCCUUUACCUGGACCAGCAGCUUUGAGUGACAGUCCACUUCAACCAAUCGGCAGACAGGAUCCGCCCCCACUUCCUUAUUUUAUUAGCAGCAGUUGAUAAGUCCCAUGUUCAUGUGAGGGAAGGUAACGAUUUAACAUCAGAGGAACUUUUUAAAAAAAAUUAAAAAUAUGUUUUAAAAUCUUUUGGUGCAAACUAUUUCUGAACUCUACUGUAGCUUAAAAUAUCUUUAUAAACAGUUACUUCAAUAUACAUAAAAGCUCUGCCCUGGUCCCAUUGCUUUUGUACAUAUACUAUGUAGUUCAUAUGUUACAUUUACCUGGCCUCAUCCCUUUCUUCAUCUCUGUCUUGCUCUCAUAACCUCCAUUUGUGAUGUUCUAUAACGAUGGGGGGGAUUAAAGGGGUAUGAGAAGAGAUGACGUGGUUCUAGAAUCUUCUUGGACCCCCAAAAAACAACAGUAACCAGUAAAUAAAUGUCGGAAUUGACUGAA